GCUCAAGGGUUGCAGUGGUUGCAGUCUAUGGUUGCAGGCAAAGAACGAGUCAGCGCGCGUUGCUUGUUCUGUGGCGUUGCACGCGUUCUUCGUUCGUAGUCUACUUGCUGCGUUCUCCAGUGUGGGCUCUCUCUUCUGUGCUCUUACUGCGCAGAUUUUAUCUUGUGCGAGAUGUACCAUAAACAAGCAGCAGAGCCGCCCAAGGAUGAUGAGGUGGUGGUCAUUCCGUUGCCGUGCUGGGGCCGAGGCAGCAAACUUGUACCUCUGGAUGAGUUGCCGCUGUUUCAGUUCCUCAAGAGGCAGGCGGCAGAAAAAUCUGGACUGUUCAUUCCUUCCCAACCGGGCAAUGCCACAGGGACUGCAGAAAAAACACGAGGGGCAACAUCACCUGAUGCACAGCUCCCCUCGGAAACUGUCCCCAAAAUAGCACCAGAGUCUUCAAAAGCUUCUGAUGAGCGGGAUAAAAUGCUACACGAGCAAGAACCGCUUACAGUUCCUGCUGCUGUUGCUGCUGCACCUCCUCAAAAGCACGGUAUCCCCAGCUCAAUGAAGAUGCAUGUAGCCCCAAUGAUAAAGCAGCCGACAAGAGCCCGCCCUUGCACCACAUCCCGCCAGACCAGGGCACGUCCUGGUCAGCUGCCACUCUACCCAUGCCCUCCUGCGCCGGUGCCUGAUGCAGAGUACAGCGGCCCUCGUCUGGAUACGGCUGAGGCACAGCUCAAGGCAGCUCAGGUGCCUGUUAAGAAAAGCGCCUUCGAUCCGAGUGAAUACACUCACCCCCACGACCUGACAUGGUGGGCCGCCUCUCUUGCUCAAGUGCAACCCCGCGAGCCAGUAAGCGAUUCAGACGACGAUGAUGGAUAUGCACUUCAGCGACCAUUGACUUUUGAACAAGAUUCCAUUUGCGAGACUCUCUCGACAACGACACUGGAGUCCUCCUCCAUGGAGCUAGAGCAUGAACCUACUCCGGAGGGUCGCACAGCAGAAGCCCUGCCUGGCCUAGAGCCAACGGAGACUUCUACAGAAACUUUGACAGGGAGUUUGCCGGAGACACCUGCAGAUAGUCUGACAGAGACUCCACUGGAAGGUACUUCACAGUUCUUGGAGCCCCUCCCUCCUCAGGAAGUGGACUUCACCAUUGACAGCGUAGCUGCUGACCAGAAAGCUUUUGAGAAGAGCGAUUCUGACGAGGACUUGCCAUUCUACGACCUGGACUAGCAAGUGUCCAGCAGGGGUGCACUGGCAUGACUCUCAGCUAUGUGCUUGGAAGCAUCAUCUUUGCUUGUUCCAGUCGGCCAGAAGAAUGGUCACUUCAUUUGCUGUGUUGCACAUUUUUUUGCUAGAGCUCAGGAGCUCUGUCUCUGUUAACUUGUAUUUAAUAAACAACUCAAAAACCA